UAAAACUGGAAAUUUACUGUAAGAAAGAAAGAAAAAAACACCAUGGUUAGGGUAAAGAAAAAGAGGGAAAUUGUUUUACUUAUUUUGUUUCACGAAAUGGAAAGCACAUGAAAAGCUUUCGAGUAAGACACCUAUUUUUGCAGACCUGGGAAUUCAUGGCCACACUCUUCUCUCUUCUCUUAUCUUCUCUUCUCAGCUAAAACAACAAAUUUACUCUCAAAAUCUCUUGUUUUAUUUGUUUAAACUAACUUCUUCUUUUUUUAUUGAUGCUGGAUCUGCUGAAUUAACCUGGCCAUAUAGAUCUUACUCUAUCAACAAAACAAGGCCAAGGAAAAGAAAGGGACAAAAAAAAGAGAAAACAAAGAGAGGGCAGUGAGAAAAAAAAAAGAAAUGGAUUUUGAUGAACAUGAAGAACAAGAGGAAGAAAUGGGUAUGGCUGUUCCACCAGGCUACGACUCACUGGGCAACUCCUCAGCAGCUCGGUCAAACAUGAGACCCGCCAGCGGAAGUGGUGAGGGUGCGGCGUCAGCAGCAACGAGAAAAGUGGGGUCCAUGAUAAGGUACCGUGAGUGUCUCAAGAACCAUGCCGUGAGUAUUGGAGGCCACGCUGUGGAUGGCUGCGGCGAGUUCAUAGCCGCGGGUGAUGAAGGAACCAUUGACGCCUUGAAAUGUGCCGCAUGUAAUUGCCACAGAAACUUUCACCGUAAAGAAACUGAGGGUGAAGGUAAUAUUUAUAACCCUCACCACCAGCAGCACCACCCCCAAUUCUCACCCUUCUAUAGGGCGCCGCCACCAGCGGGGUAUCUUCACCUGACGCCACCUCCACAGCACAGGCCUUUGGCCUUGCCUGCAGCGUCAGGGGGUGGUGGGGGUGCUACUGCUGGUGGUUACAGCAGAGAAGAUGAAGAUGUUUCGAAUCCUAGUAGCAGUGGCGGUGGAGGUGGAGGCAGUGGAGGAUUAAAGAAGAGGUUUAGAACAAAAUUUACGCCCGAACAGAAAGAUAAGAUGCUGGAUUUCUCUGAAAGGCUCGGGUGGAGGAUUCAGAAGCAUGAUGAAACUGCUGUAGAGCAAUUUUGUGAGGAAACUGGUUUGAAAAGGCAUGUGCUUAAGAUCUGGAUGCACAACAACAAGCACACUCUUGGUAAGAAACCCUAAUAAUUUUCAACAAAAAUGAGAACAACAGCUUCAAUAUUGUUACUUGGGAAGAAGAAGGAAAACAUUAAAGAAGCAUGAGAUAAUGGGAAAUGAAGAAAAUCAUGAUGUGAAUUUAGUAGGGAUUGAACUAGGGUUCUCACUUUUUUUCUUUCUUUCCUUUGUUUUUUCAAGCUGAUUUUGAUUUUUAUCUAGUUUCUUUAUUUUAUCAGUUGCUCAGUGUAGGAUGAUGAUGACCUGAAGUUUCUGAUUAGUACAUUGUUGUUA